CCCGCGGGUCCCGAGCGCUUGAUCGCCCGCCCCGACCGGAACCCAGCCGCCUCCACGGCCCGCGCUCGUACUGGAGCGAAGAGCGGCCUCUGGAAGGAGGGGAAGGGACGUGGGGGCGGCCACGGCAGAGAGGGGAUUUCACCGUGUUAGCCAGGAUGGUCUCGAUCUCCUGACCUCGUGAUCCGCCCGCCUCGACCUCCCAAAGUGCUGGGAUUACAGGCGUGAGCCACCGCGCCCAGCCACUGAGGAGUAACUUAAUAAGCUGUGUCCAAAUUCCAAAAGCUUUUAUACCAAGAGCGUGAGAAGAGAUGUCACAGAUACCAGGAUUAACCUCCAUUUCAGCUAAUCAUGGGAGAGAUUAAAGUCUCUCCUGAUUAUAAUUGGUUUAGAGGUACAGUUCCCCUUAAAAAGAUUAUUGUAGAUGAUGAUGACAGUAAGAUAUGGUCGCUCUAUGACGCAGGCCCCCGAAGUAUCAGGUGUCCUCUCAUAUUCCUGCCCCCUGUCAGUGGAACUGCAGAUGUCUUUUUCCGGCAGAUUUUGGCUCUGACUGGAUGGGGUUACCGGGUUAUUGCUUUGCAGUAUCCAGUUUAUUGGGACCAUCUUGAGUUCUGUGAUGGAUUCAGAAAACUUUUAGACCAUUUACAAUUGGAUAAAGUUCAUCUUUUUGGCGCUUCUUUGGGAGGCUUUUUGGCCCAGAAAUUUGCUGAAUACACUCACAAAUCUCCUAGAGUCCAUUCCCUAAUCCUCUGCAAUUCCUUCAGUGACACCUCUAUCUUCAACCAAACUUGGACUGCAAACAGCUUUUGGCUGAUGCCCGCAUUUAUGCUCAAAAAAAUAGUUCUUGGAAAUUUUUCAUCUGGCCCGGUGGACCCUAUGAUGGCUGAUGCCAUUGAUUUCAUGGUAGACAGGCUGGAAAGUUUGGGUCAGAGUGAACUGGCUUCAAGACUUACCUUGAAUUGUCAAAAUUCUUAUGUGGAACCUCAUAAAAUUCGGGACAUCCCUGUAACCAUUAUGGAUGUGUUUGAUCAGAGUGCACUUUCAACUGAAGCUAAAGAAGAAAUGUACAAGCUGUAUCCUAAUGCCCGAAGAGCUCACCUGAAAACAGGAGGCAAUUUCCCAUACCUGUGCAGAAGUGCAGAGGUGAAUCUUUAUGUACAGAUACAUUUGCUACAAUUCCAUGGAACCAAAUAUGCGGCCAUUGACCCAUCAAUGGUCAGUGCCGAGGAGCUCGAGGUACAGAAAGGCAGCCUCGGCAUCAACCAGGAGGAGCAGUAGUGUGUGUCUCGCUGUCAAUGAUGAUUUGACCCGGUGUGUUCUCAUAUAGUCAGUGGCGUCAGCGCCCGGCAGCCGGCCUUUUCCUUCAGGUUCGUCAGACUCACCGGUUCUCACUGUGUCUGGGAAGUAGGACUGAUGGUCAUCUUCGUGACAGGCAGCAGCUCCACUAAGCCUAAGCAACUGUUCCCUCUUCGGUUUUCUUAGCUUUUGAAUUUGAAGAAGUACUUUCAAAGACUCCCAUUUUAAGAACCGUGCAAAUUUUGCUACCAAAAGUCUUCACCACUGUGUUCUUAAGUGAAUGUUAAUUUCUGAGGUUUGGGACUUUGUGGUGUUUUUUCCUUCUUUUCUUUUCCAUUCUUCUUUCUUUCUUUUUACGUUGUUUGCUGUAAGUGCUGCACAUCCAGAUUGCAUAUCAGGACAUUGGUUAUUUUAUGCUUUCUUGGAUAUAACCAUGAUCAGAGUGCCAUGGCCACUACCCCACUGUUUGCUCUCCUGCAAAUCAACUGCUUUUAAUUUACACUUAAGCAAAUUGUUUUGAGUGUUAGCUACUGCCUUUCUAGAUAUUACAGUCAUUUGGAAUAAAAAUUCAGUUUCA